AAUAGUAAUUUCAGUUUGGCUUCCAAACAAUUAACAUCAAUUCCCUCUUUCCCCAUAAGAAGACAGUCUCAAGGAGAAAGAGAUAAUACCAAUUCCCCUAUUUCUCAUCCAGAAAAGCUUACCCCACAAGCAAUGGCCACCAUUUCAAAACCUUCAUUUCUCCAUACCUUCUUCCAUCAUUCUUGAAUGGCUUCCAAGAAACUCUCUCUCUUCCUCAACACUUCCUUUCUCUUCCUCCUAAUCUCCUCCUCACUUUCAUCCCAUUUCUUCAAUGAUCUCACUGGAAUUCGCAGAGAUACUAACACAACUGGUUCAUGCACCAAAACCCAUCAAUUCUCUGAUUACACUUCGAAAUGCAAUUACAUAAAAACAGAACCAAGUUGUAGGCCUAAAGGCUACAUCAAUUAUCUUCAGAUCUUUUAUUGCUUUUGUGGGCGAGCACCGUUUAUGGGUUACGCUAUUUUAAUCAUGUGGCUCGUUGUACUCUUCUAUCUACUUGGAAAUACUGCCUCAGAAUAUUUCUGCACUUCAAUUGAAGGGUUGUCGAGAAUCUUGAAGCUCUCGCCGGCCAUUACCGGAACAACUCUUCUUCCGUUGGGAAACGGUGCACCGGACGUGCUAGCCAGCAUAGUAUCGUUUACGCGUUCCGGCGAGGGUGAUGUCGGGCUGAAUUCUGUCUUGGGCGGUGCAUUCUUCAUAUCGAGUGUAGUCGUUGGAAUUAUAUGUUUGCUGAUCAAUUCUCACGAGAUUACAGUUGACAAGCCGAGCUUUAUUAGGGAUAUCAUCUUCUUCCUGUUUACUCUCUCUUCUCUAUUGUUCAUCAUUAUUAUUGGGAAAAUCAACAUCUGGGGAGCGAUUGGUUUCGUUUCCAUCUACUUCGUGUACAUAUCUGUCGUUUCCGUUAUGCAUUUAACGUCAAGGAAGGGGGAGAGGGUGGUUAAUUUAUCCGGCGGUGCAUCGUCGUCUUCCUCCGGCGAUUUGGGUACGCCGUUAUUGGGUUGUGUUGACGAAGAGAAGCCGCCAAUUCCUGAUGAAAAAGAGAAUGAAACCGACGAAUACCCUGAAACUGGAAUAGAAAGUACAACGACGGCCAUUAGAAAAUACUUAGUCUGGUUCACAUACGCAAUGGAAUUGCCUCUUGAUUUGCCGAGAAGACUGACAAUACCAGUAGUGAGAGAAGAAAAAUGGUCAAAGGGAUUGGCAGUGACCUCAGUUACAUUAGCUCCGAUCCUACUAGCAACAUUAUGGAAUACCCAGAAAGAAAACAUAACUUCAAAUGUAAGCUUAGAAAUCUACAUGACGUCCGCCCUAAUCGGCUUAGUUCUUGGAAAUUUAGCAUUUGUAGCCACCGAUAGAACAAACCCACCUGAGAAAUGGCUGUUGCCUUGGAUCGGAGGUGGGUUCUUAAUGAGCGUAACAUGGACUUACAUAGUCGCAGAAGAACUCGUUUCCCUAUUGGUCUCAGUUGGGGGCAUUUUAGGUAUCAGCCCUUCAAUUCUAGGACUAACUGUCCUAGCGUGGGGUAAUUCAAUGGGUGACGUCAUCGCUAAUAGUUCUCUAGCGGUAAAAGGUGGACCGGAUGGUGCCCAAAUAGCAAUUUCUGGAUGUUAUGCUGGCCCAUUGUUCAAUACAUUGAUGGGUUUAGGGUUAUCACUUGUUUUUGCUUCAUGGUCAGAAUACCCUAAUGCCUUUGUCAUUCCAACUGAUCCUUAUCUCUAUGAGAUUCUUGGAUUUCUCAUGGCAGGUUUGCUUUGGGCACUUGUCAUUUUGCCAAGGAAGAAUAUGCAAUUGGAUAGGUCUUUAGGGGCUGGUCUUUUGGCUAUUUAUGGUUGUUUUAUGUUUUUGCGGUUAUUUAAGGCGUCUAAUCUCUUAAUCGGGGGUGUGUAAUUUCCUUAACCCUUUUUUUAUGUAUAAAAAAGGGUUUAAUUUCAA